AUGGAUCUCGAAAUGAAGAAGCAGAAUGAUGCCAUCAGAGCAUCUCUAGCAGAACUCACUCUCACAGUCGAGAAGCAUAUUUCCGCCUGUGAAGAAAGUGUGGCACACAGCAGCACCUUCAAUGCUACAACUGUGACGAAGACUCAUGUAGAACUGAUGGAUGCUGCAAGGAAGAUGAAAAGUGAUGUUUAUGGACCAGUGAACAAUAUUGCAUCGCAUUAUGAAGAGUUCAUACACUCAGGAUGUUUGAGGGCAUUGCUAGAAGCAGGCGUUUUCGACAAGUUACCAUUGGAUGGAAAAGGAAUGUCUGCUUCGGAAUUGGCUCAAAAGACUAAUAUGGAAGAGGCACUGUUAAUUCGAAUGAUGCGAGCCGUUACCCCUAUCUAUUUUGAGGAGAAUAUUCCACGGGUGUACAAUCAAACGGCAAAUUCUUUAGUCUUUCAGCUCGAGGAUAUGAGAGCAUCAUACAAACAAAUUUAUGAUGAGUACGCGCCAUGUAGUUAUGCCCUAACUCCAUACUUCAAAGAGAAUGGAUUCAAAGUACCAGACUCGAUCAAAAACAAUCCAUAUACAUUCGCCCAUCGAACUAAUGGUCUCAACAUGUGGGAUUACCUCUCUCUUCAUCCUGAAAGACUAAGAAUAUUCAAUUUGGGCAUGAAUCGAAUUUCUUCUCAAAUGGUUCAAUCCUAUGACAUUUUUCCAUGGCUUUCUGAAUAUCGAAAGAUGCAAAUAAACGAUAAUUCAGUGCUACUGGUAGAUAUCGGGGGUGGUCAAGGUCAAGCAAUCGCCGCUAUCAAAGAUAUCAUUGAAGGUACUGAAGGUCGAUUAAUUCUUCAAGACAGAGAAGAAGUCAUGUCAGAGAACCAGAAUCCCAUUCCUGGCAUCGAAAAGAUGACUUAUGACUUUUUCACACCACAACCAGUCAAAGGUGCACUAAUCUACCAUAUUCGUCGCUGCUUCCACGACUGGCCAGACGUAGAUUGUGUUACUAUUCUUUCCAAUAUCGCUAAUGCUAUGACCUCUACUUCUCGUCUUCUCAUUGCUGAAAUGGUGUUGCAGGACGAGCUAGAUGCCGAAGCGACUUGGAUGGAUGUUACGAUGAUGUUUUUCGCAGGAAAAGAAAGAUCAGAAAAGCAAUGGAGACAAUUGAUUGAAGCUGCAGGAUUGAGAUUGGAGAGGAUAUAUGGCUCCGAGGGAACAACUUUUAGUGUGUUGGAAGCGUGGUUGAAGUAG